AUGAGUAUUGAUUCGAUUUUGACAAGAAACAUAGAAGAUAUAGCAGAUACUCAGAUAGAAUUGACAAGAGGAUCGUCAAACAAAAAAUGGUCGCACAGCUGUAGUAAUGUUUCGCAGAAAAAGCUUUUGAGACGCAUUCUUGACGAAUAUCUUUUAAAUAUACAACAAUUGAUUUGGAACGCACGUUGCAAUGAGACAAUAGAGUUCGAAAAACAAAUGGGUAUAGGUCAAAAUCUUAAAAGAAAGAAGAAACGGUUGUCAGAAUCACCGGAAGAGGAAGUGAAAAAUGUUGAUAAAAAAGAAAAUAAAAAACAGAAUAAAAAGAUUAAAAACAUUUUAAAAAUAGAAUUAGAAGAAAAAGUAAAGGAUGACAUAUUUAGGAAGGGAACAUCAAAUGGAGCUAGAAUAGGUAAUCAAGUCGUUAGUAAUUUAAAUUGGAUUGAGGAACAAAGUACACAGUUGGAGUUUGUUGAAAUUAAUAAUGGAGAUGAAAUAGUUAAAACAGAGGCGAAUGCAAUAAUUAAAGAGUUAGAAACAGUCAUAAAGAUAGAUAUGGGAGAAAUUAGUAAUAGAAGUAUUAAUUAA